GAGAGAGAGAGAGGAGGGUGGGAGGUCUGGAGUGGAGCACGUAACCUGCUUACAAAUUAACACCACAACCAAACUCGCUCGGCGUGAGUUUCUCCUCCGUGCUCCUCUCCUCUGCACCGCUCUGCCUCCUCUCCCAUGAGCCAUCUUCCUUUUGGAUCAUCGGUCUGCGGUCUUCACUUGAACGGAUGCGCGUUAAGACUCCUCCGCCGCCACCGGAGCCGGAGCUGAUGCUGCUCCACUUCUGAUCCACUUCCCAGCUGCUGUGCACAGCCGGAGCCCGACCGGAGCAGCCCGGCACGGCUCCUGCCCGAAAGAACAUCCGACAGCUGCAGCCCCGGACACUGCGGGAGGUGACAGAUCCGGGAUUCGGAUCCAGACAGAGCCCCCUGCAUCCGCCACGGAGCCUGCCAGCCCCAGGGCCGAGGAGACCUGCCAUGCAAGAUCUGGACGGAGCUCACAAUCCUGAUAAGUAUGAGCCGGUUUUCUGCUCCUGCAAAGUCGGGUCUGCUCGGUGUGGCAGUGCAAUGACUUUCCCUGUGAAAUCCUCAAGAUGAGCCACAACCUAAAGGCUGACCAUUCACAAAACCCCGGACUGUAGGACACUUUAUCACCGAGCCCGACAAUAAAAGACACUUUAUUGGUCACCGACGGAGCUUCUACUUGGGGGAAAAAAAAAAACAAAAAAAAAAACAAAACUGGUUGCUUGUUGUAAAUCAAGCCAGAAGGAUCGAGCCCGAGUGCAAGACGAAUGGUUUGGGCAUGGUGCCCACGCCCCAGGUGUGCGUAUCAACCCUGGUCACGGUGAGCACAAUGGCAGUGGUCGACCUCUACCUGCUGGAGCAGAGCAUGCUGGGGGCUCGUGGUAUUCCAGGACCAAGCGUCUGGCAGUGUGCGGCAGUGUUGCUAGGUGACGUGGGCUUCCUUCUUGCGCUGCGCUUUGUGUCAGCCGGUGUGGUCUCAGAGGCUCGGUCUCCACGACGUGGCUUUGCCAAUGCCCUCUGGUUCCUCUUCUUGUCCCUACUCCAGCUCAAGCUCUUCUUCGUCUGCCACAACUACAGGCAAGAGCGCCGACCGCCCGACCCGCUGGCCCGGAAGACCCUGACGCUGCUGCUGUCCAUCUGCCUGCCCUCCCUGUUCCUCAUCCUGACGGGAGCCGACAGCAUGACCCCGCAGCGCAGGAAGCAGGAAGUACGCAGCCGGCUCCUGUGGGUGGUGGUUGACCUACUGGAUGUGCUGGACCUGCAGGCAGGGCUGUGGGAGGCUCAAGGAGGACCAAUGGGGGGGGCUGUAGGAGCCAUAGAGCAGAAGCUACCCAUCUGGGCAGAGGGUCUGGUUUUCUUCUACUGCUAUGCCCUCCUUCUGCUGCUGCCAUGCGUGGCCCUGACAGAGCUGGGGGCCGCUGGUUUGCCAGGUCAGAGAGGGGCCCGAAAGGAGGCUUUGUAUCCGUGGCUCAGCUUGGUCACUAUCAAUAUCUUCACCCUGGGCCUGAGAGGCACAGGCAUGCUGUGGUACAGGGACCCUCGAGUGUCCACAGUGUUCCUGGGGAAGAACCUGCUGGCUCUGGCUGUGAAGCUGAGCUCCGCCUGGGAGAGGAACAAGCAGGAGCGCAGUGCUGGGGGAACUGGGGCUGUGGCUGGAGCAGAACCAGGGGACUCAACACUGCCAAGCCAGAGCUCAGAGCAGGGAGAGGGCCAGGCUCAGGGGAAAGCUCCUCCCUCUCAUUAUCACACACUCUCUCGCUCUCAAAGCCACACUCUCUCCCAUGUCAGCCUGGAGCCCACAGAGACACCAUUAGGACCCUCUUUCAUCUCCCAUGAACUCUAGAGACCUCCACUCACGCCAACCAUGAACACAUGCACACCCACACACACAACUCAGACCAGCAGAUCAGACCAGCCAGUAUCACAUCCAAAUGGAUAACCUGUGGUGAACUCCAGUUCAGCAGUCGUGGGUAUACUGCAGUGCUGUGGAUUUGGCAGGCUUGGCUUUCAGCGCAUUUUGUUGUGCUGAGAGCAAUUCAAAAUGCAUUGCUGUGAUUUGUGGGAGUGUAUUUUUAAAUUGAACACUGUGAACAAAUCUGUCAGACUAUAAAGAAUAUUCCAGAGAUGUAUGUUCAAGUCUAGUGAUGUUUAUGCUCAUAUGUCAUCUGACCCCAACUGCCACAGUUUGAUUUUUUGAUUUGACACAGCCUCAAGGAUCAAGUUUGACGUUAAAAACUUUUCUGUUUACGUUUACUCUAAUUCUCAUUUCCUCCCACUCCAUGUCCAGUGUUUGUGUGGGGCUGAACAACUCUCCUCCAGGAUUCAAUUAUUUGAGUUUAGUUCAAGUUGUUUGUGGGAAAUAUCUGAUGAACACUGCUCUGAUAAAUAAAUGCCAAAAUACAGACUGUGACCUCCA